AUGCGUGAGUGCAUCUCCAUCCAUGUUGGCCAGGCUGGUGCCCAGAUUGGCAAUGCCUGCUGGGAGCUCUACUGCCUAGAACAUGGCAUCCAGCCUGAGGGCCAGAUGCCAAGUGACAAGACCAUUGUCAGGGGAGAUGACUCCUUCAACACCUUCUUCAGUGAGACAGGUACUGGCAAGCACGUACCCAGGGCAGUGUUUGUAGACCUGGAGCCCACAGUCAUUGAUGAAGUUCGCAUUGAUACCUACCUCCAGCUCUUCCACCCUGAGCAGCUGAUCACAGGCAAAGAAGAUGCUGCCAAUAACUAUGACCGUGGACUCUACACCAUUGGCAAGAUCAUUGACCUUGUCCUGGGCCAAAUUUGGAAACUGGAUGACCAGUGCAUAAGUCCUCAGGGCUUCUUGGUUUUCCAUAGCUUUGGUGUGGGAACUGGUUCUGGGUUCACCUCCCUGCUGAUGGAGCACCUCUCUGUCGAUUAUGAUAAGAAGUCCAAGCUGGAGUUCUCCAUUUACCCAGCUCCCCAGGUUUCCACAGCUGUAGUGGAGCCCUACAACUCCAUCCUUACCACCCAUACCACCCUGGAGCACUCUGAUUGUUCCUUCAUAGUUGACAAUGAGGCCAUCUAUGACAUCUGUUGUAGAAAACUCAAUAUUGAGCAUCUCACCUACACUAACCUGAAUAGGUUGAUAGGUCAAAUUAUGUCCUCCACCACUGCUUCCCUCAGGUUUGAUGGAGCCCUGAAUGUCAAUAUGACUGAAUUCCAGACCAACUUGGUGCCCUAUUCCUGCAUCUUCUUCCCUCUGGCCACAAAUGCCCCUGUCAUCUCUGCUGAGAAAGCCUACCAUGAACAGCUUUCUGUGGCAGAGAUCACCAAUGUGGGCUUUGAGCCAGCAAACCAGAUGGUGAAAUAUGAUCAUCGGCAUGGUAAAUACAUGGCUUGCUGCCUGUUGUACCAUGGUGAUGUGGUUCCCAAAGAUGUCAAUGCUGCCAUUGCCACCACCAAGACCAAGUGUACUAUCCAGUUUGUGGACUGGUGUCCCACUAGCUUCAAAGUUGUCAUUAAUUACCAGCCUCUCACUGUGGUGCUUGGUGGAGGCCUGGCCAAAGUACAAAGAGCUGUGUGCAUGCUGAGCAACACCACAGCUACUACUGAGGCCUGGGCUCGCCUGGACCACAAGUUUGACCUGAUGUAUGACAAGUGUGCCUUUGUCCACUGGUACGUGGGUGAGAGUACGGAGGAGGGAAAGUUUACUGAAACCUGUGAGGACAUGGCUGCCCUAGAGAAGGACUAUGAGAAGGUUGGUGUGGAUUCUGUUGAAGGAGAGGGUGAGGAAGAAGGAGAGGAAUACUAA